GAAAGUAGCAUUGUCUUUCUUUUUCUACAAAUAGCUAUGCAUCUUCAGGUUUACAUUGAAAAUGGCAAGCGGGUUUAUACCCUCAAGAAGAUUGAUCCAUAUGGAAAGCCUACACUUAGUGCUCAUCCAGCUCGCUUCAGCCCCGACGAUCCAUACAGUCGGCAUCGUAUCAUAAUCAAGCGUAGAUUCAAGGCCCUUGCGUCUGAGAAAAAGCCAAAGCCCCUUUAAAAGUAAAUAUUAAUAUGAAUUAUAUACGGAGGAGGAGGUAGUAAGGAAGGAAAUACUAUUUUAAAAUAAAAAUGUCUGCCGUGCAGCAAGAAACUAAUGAUGUUUUGCAUCAAAUCCUUUUCUUUAUAUAAUCAUAUACGUGUG